AUGGCCUCGCUGCUGAAGCUUCCUGGAACUAGCCCUGGCAUAAACUCAUUUGUGUCUCAGACCUCGACUCUAGUAAACUCAAGCCCGGAUGUUGUCGUCGCUAGAAGGUCAUUCUCAUUCGACGAAUUGGAAGGGCUAGAUGACACAGAGCAGUUAGACAUCCUGCGCAAUCAACUGUCCACGGAGAAAAGCAUCAUUGAAGGGGCGGAGGACUUUCUGAACAGGGACUUACCCGAUUCGUUGAGGCAACCAGUGCAAUCCGAGCUGUUGGCGGCCAAGAAAAAGAUCGAGGCCCUUAACAAACGUAUUGUUGUACUGGAAAACCUGGCCGCGUCGGACAGCAACCUGAACAAUUCACUUGCCCCAAAUGCCAUGGGAAAUGGAACUGGCUCGAGUCUGAGUGUCAACCAGGCAUUGCAGAAUCUUGCUCCUUACGGCGAUGCAAAAGAGCGAGUUGACGUCUCACGAGUGGCCUUGAGGAAUGCUAAAAGCUGCCUCUCGCAACUUCUUAAACUGAACAUACCUUCUUUGCCUUCAUCCGACUCUAAUGCCGAGAGGAUCGACAAAAUGCAGCAGAUUGUUUCGAUUCUUCAGCGCCAUUUUCGGGUGCGGUAUGAACUUGACAUCUCUGAAGUGGUGAAGGUUGUUGUUCCAGCGCUCGCCGAUAACUAUACGAAACAAUGUCGUGCCCAUGCGUACCGCCUCAUGCGAUACAUGCUUGUGGAUGUUGAAUCCGUGCAGAGGAUAGGGCAAUCCCUCGAUUGGUAUAUCGUCAAGUCAUUGUCACGGGACAACAAAUGUACUGUCGAGAAAGAACAGGUCAUCAAGCUUAUACGAUCGAUCGUUGAAGUGGGCUCGAUACGAAGGGACUCUGCUGGCCGCCGGGGCAGUGUCCCUCUAUCGGAGGCGGUAAUGCGCGCGGUCGUCGCCGUCGCCGAAUAUGCAGAGGACCCUUUCAGAUCAGUCUGUGUACAAACGCUAGCGGAAAUUCUCCUUAUCGAUAUUGACCUCGUCUCCAAGACUGGGGGGAUACGAUUCCUGCUUCAUGCGCUAGGAGACGGGCCCUUGGAGCUGGCCCCGAUCUUAGCGUCUGUCUUCCUCCAUAUCGCCGACUCCCCUCGUACGCGGGCAUAUCUUCGUUUGGGGUCUGAUCUUGAGCUUGCCCUCUCAGCCGUCACUGAUGCAUAUGGGAAGCCACCCGACCACAUAACGCGGAUGAGGGGUUGCAUCAAGAUCAUACAGUUGAUGUUGCGAACAUGGAGUGGGCUCAUGUAUUUUUGCAUGAACGACCUCAUGGCUAUACGUUCGUUAGUCAAUACCCUCCGUAUACCCUCACUUGAAGCUCGAGAUGUUGUAUUGGACAUGUUCUUCGAUCUUCUCAAUAUCAAAAUACCCGAAUGGCACAAAGUUUUCGUCGAUGGUCGCCGACUGACGAGUGCAUUGAAGCUCACCGAUCAGUACAUCGCUUUGCUCAUUCUUAUCUUCAAUAAUGCUGGAUUACUCGACGCCUUAACAUCGAUUUUAGAGGAAUCAGUCACCGGGUCGAAUCUAUCUCGGAAAGCUACUCUUCUGAUGGCGGAAAUGCUGCAACUGAGCAACCGCGUUUUGCCACUCUCAAUCGCUGCCAAAUUUCAAACGAUAUCUCAUAUAUUUGAUCUCGCUUCGAAUUACGGUCAAGGAGAGAAUAGAAUCAUCGGAACGUUGGCUCUGUCUAGUAUCGACAGCUUUAAUCGAAAUCGGUCAAGGUUGGAUCCCAUUAUGAUUAAGAACGCACGCCCAAGGGCAAACUCAGUGGAUGAUGCUGCUCGUCGACAGAGACAGAUUGAACAGGUCAAGAUCAAGCUGGGGAUGCAGAUGGACGAAAAGACCUUCCUAGCGGCGUUGAAUGAAUCUCAGAUUUCGUCCACGAAGGAACAUGCACGGUGGCAAUUCGAUGUUCUGAUUGAACUUGUGGAAGGACCUUUGCGAAAUCCGUCCCGACUAGAAGAAGCCAUCAAGGCCUCCAGAAUUAUUCGACGUUUGAUGUCGUUCUUCCAUCCGCGCAGCCAUCGAUUCUCCGAUAUACCCCGAACGAAGUCCAACAUGAAGUGGGUUCGAUUAGGGUGUGCUUUGUUGACUACUCUGGUGGCGAGUCCAGACGGCGUCCGAUAUCUUUCAACGGAAGACGUCUUUUUGCAGCAAAUUGUGUGGGGGUUCUCACAACUUGACCCAUUCAACGGACCGCCAGAUUCAGAUCCCAUAUUCUCGAAAGCUCGUGUGAACGACACUCUCACCUAUGGAUACUUCGAAAUGUUGGGGACUCUGAGCAAGCACAAGGAAGGCAUCGAGCUCUUGGAGAAGUUCAAAGUAUUCACGGCUUUCUACCACUUGAGCGAGCUCAGAAGCCGCGAGGAUCUGAUCAAAGGCAUCAUCGAAAACCUCGAUUAUAAUAUCGAUGGCCAUCCUCGUAUUAUCCUUUCCAAGGCUCUGACUUCUAGCUACAAGCAUAUUCGACUCUAUACUACUCGCCAUCUAGGCGAUCUGAUAAGAGUUUCAUCCAGUGUCAACGCUUGGACACUGCGAUUACUGGUUACUCAACUUUACGACCCAGCCCCAGAAGUAUGUGAAUUAGCCGCCCACUUCCUCAAGGAUGCCUGCGAAUCCAAAGAAGCGUUGCAACUAGUGGUAGAGAUGCAGCCGAUGAUGGAUCAUCUAGGAGACAUUGGGCAUCCGUUGUUGAUGAGGUUCACAUCAACACUCAUGGGUUUCCGAUACUUAUAUGAUACCGGCUACAUUGAUAGGGAGAUGGACAUUUGGUACCAUGAACGUAAUAUUGAUUAUGUGGUACAAGUUGAGGUCUUUCUCGCCAAGGUGUUCAAGGCUACAAACUCCGGAGACGACAACGAAGAGACCCUAGCGUUUGAUGGUACGGUGCCUCCGCAUUUCUAUGGUGAAAUGGCGAAAACAGAGCUCGGGUGCCAAGUUUUUCAAGACAAGGGGCACUUCGCCGACUUCGCACAUUUCAUCAGGCAACACAGUCAUGAGAGCGAAGACUCGGAAUUAAUCCUGAAGUUGAAAAGCAUCCUUUGGGCGGUGGGAAACAUAGGCGCUACGGAAGGAGGACUCCCAUUUUUAGAAGAACAAGAAGUAAUCCCUACCAUUCUGGAGAUAGCGGAGGAAUCACCAAUUCCUUCAGUCCGAGGAACAUGUUUCUUUGUCCUCGGGCUCAUCUCAUCAACAUCUCAAGGCGCCGAGAUAUUAGAUGAUUAUCAGUGGGAGGCUACGUUGUCUCCUCUUGGACUUCCCACAGGCCUUUGCAUCCCCGUUGACUUGGAGAAAUUUAUCUCACUCCCUCCUUGGCAGGAACAUGCAUCAGAACCAUGCGUAAAUAGACUGAAUCCGCCCACAGCAGAAGCAGAAGUAGAAGUGAUGACUGCUAUUCAAAAUCUUGCGAAUACAGUCAUCGCGAAUGCAGCCUCACGGUCACUAACAAAGAUGAAAUCUCGCGCGGAGUAUAAGCAGUUGUUUUCAUCCCCGACUAUGCUUUAUCGUGCUUUGUACACGAUCUCGACUCAACGAUUCCGGCUGCCCGUCCGGCGCUAUAUAUUGGAUCUCUUCAAUGUUGAGUUAAACAGCGAAACAGCGGCGGCCAUGGAGAAAUGUUCCGAAGCGCUUCAGACAAAGAGCCCAUCUCAACCUACUACGAAGGAAGCUAAUCGUAUCAGUAUAUUUGGUCGUUUGGGACGUCACGAUUCUGAAAGUGACGAUGAAGAAGACGAUCUAGAUAUCAGGGGAAAGGUUGGCACCAUGGCUGAAGGCCAACCUGUCAUCAACCUGCGCCCCGUUAGCAAAAUCAUUGGGUUUUCGCUUUAG